AUGCUGGAGUUUAUCAAACGAUCUUAUAAACGAGUCUGGAAAACCCUGGACAAAAAGGCACAACAAAGCGAAAGAUUGGACAAGACAGCUGUCAAGUCGCUGGACUUGUCCACGACUUCUUUGUGUAUUGUUUCGCUGUGCAAUUGGGUCGAGGAUCAUUUUGCUCGUCUAGCAUUUGAGGUUCUGAUCGGAAUCGAAGGUGCUGGGUUGAUGCAAGGUAAAGGGGGUGUCUCUCUGUCAGAUGUGAAGAAGUGGAAGGAGAUUGCUGUUAGCCGUCUCGCCAGCUUACGCAUAUCUGAGCUAUUUGACAUCGUUCUUGCAUGGCCAGAUAGUAAAGGCGGCUUGGACGACCUUCGCGCAAGUGUAACCACGCCAGAGAAACGUCGACAGCUCACAGAUUUCUUCUCAUCAGCUCUCAAGAAGCGUCUCCUCCACCCUGGUUGCUCAACGCUUGAGAUUCUCCAGGUGUAUAUCUCUAUGAUCCGCACUUUCCAUGCACUGGAUCACUCCAAGGUGCUGCUUAGCCGCGUAGUGACGGCCCUACAGUUGUACCUUUGCCAGCGAGAUGACGCUGUACGAAUUGUGGUCACAGGUCUACUAGCAAGUCCUGACGAAGUGAAACAAUAUCAACAGAGACAUAUCCCGGAACCAGGCAGUUCUACAAACUCAGGAGCUUCUCAUGUCAGUGGAGAUGGGAAGCUUGUAGAACUAGCGGUGCUCCUCAAUGACCCUGCCCAGCAGAGACGGGUACAUGUUGAUGAGGAGGAACUGGACUGGGACGACAUGGAAUGGAUGCCAGACCCGGUCGAUGCUGGGGUGAACUACAAGCGGCCGAAGAACGAGGACGUUAUCGGAACUUUGAUCAAUGCACUAGGCUCUCAGGAUGUAUUCAUCAAAGAGUUUCAGAACAUCAUCGCAGAACGUCUACUCGCAGCUCAAGGCAAUUUUGAUCAGGAGAUCAAGGUGCUGAAUCUUCUCAAGAAACGAUUCGGCGACGGCGCGCUCCAGAAUUGCGAUGUCAUGAUCAAAGAUAUCUUCGACUCCCGCCGGGUUGAUGCCGUAAUUCGGAAGACGCACCUCGGGCAGCCAGUACAGCCACCUAGGCAAUUUGGUCCUCCAUCGACACCGCCUGCUUAUCAACAAAUGGGUCAUCAGCUAGACGCAGAUGAAGCAAAAUUGCACCUCGUCCCUUAUCAAGCCCGCAUCCUCUCACGACUUUACUGGCCCAAUAUUGUGCAAGACACGUUCCUCCUUCCAAAUCCAGUCGUGCAGCAACAGCAGAAAUACGAGCAGGGAUACGAACGUCUCAAAACGUCACGGAAACUCACUUGGCUGGAUCAUCUUGGUCAAGUCUCGGUAGAGCUAGACCUGGCAGACCGCACAGUCUCUGUGCAAUGCAAGACCUACGAAGCAGCUGUAAUCUAUGCCUUCCAGGGCCCUGAUACAGCAGAUGACCCAGAUGUCCCAGCUGUCCGGCGUACGACUGACGAACUACAAGAAACGCUCAGGAUGGACGAAGAGCUGGUUUUCCAAGCCACCGAAUUCUGGGUAUCUAAAGGCAUCCUCUCUCAUGUCUCGUCCGAGCCGGACACAUAUAUUGUGAUCGAGAGGCAAGAGACCGUACAGGCAGCGCGGCCUCCCCUCCACCCUGCUGCCUCAGCUCCGGCUGCCCUGGAAGGAGACUCGCCUCGCAAGCCUCCUCUUCAACGGCCCGGCACCACUGGCGCGAUGGACGCCAAGGAGAGGGAACGUCGUGCUGUCUACUGGCAGUUCAUUGUGGGCAUGCUGACCAACUCGAGUCCGACGAUGCCGCUUUUCCAGAUCGCGAUGAUGAUGAAGAUGCUCAUCGCCGAGGGAUUCCCUUGGAGCAAUGAAGAGCUACAGGAUUUUCUAGGAGAGAAGAUACAAAGCGGCGAACUGGAGCUCGCCGGUGGGAAAUACAAGCUUGUGAAGAAGUAA